UGUGAUGAUGCCUUCAGACCGUGACGUCACAGGGGGCGGAGUCCAGACACUUGUCUUGCUAUAAAAGCUCAGCAAGUCUCUUCUGAGCUGCAAUCCUAGUGGGAGACUGACUGAGAGCGACGCACACAAUCAUAUAUGGAAGUACAGAGGACUACCGGGCUCCAGCAAGCAAAGAGCGGCACCAUGUGCGAGUCGACGCCGAGGUCCUGCGAGCCUCGGCGGAAGAGAACCGAUGAGCGCGGUGCGCCCUCGGAGAUGUCCAGGAUCGUCACUGAUCCGGCCACCGGAAAGUGCUACUGCCGGGGGAAAGUCCUGGGAAAGGGAGGCUUUGCCAAAUGCUAUGAGAUGACUGACCUCUCCACCAGCAAAGUUUACGCUGCGAAAAUCAUCCCGCACGCCCGCGUCUCCAAACCCCACCAACGGGAGAAGAUUGACCGAGAAAUCGAGCUACACAGAGCUCUGCAUCACAAACACAUAGUGCACUUUUAUCACCAUUUUGAGGACAAGGAGAAUAUCUACAUCCUGUUGGAGUAUUGCAGCAGAAAAUCCUUGGCACACAUCUUGAAGGCUCGAAAGGUGCUCACUGAACCGGAGGUCCGCUACUACCUAAGACAGAUCGUCUCAGGACUGAAGUACCUGCACGAACAAGAGAUCCUGCACAGGGACCUAAAACUUGGUAAUUUUUUUGUAAGCGAGUCAAUGGAGCUGAAGGUCGGCGACUUUGGUUUGGCAGCCAAGUUGGAGCCGGAAGGGAACAGGAGGAAGACGAUCUGCGGGACUCCCAACUAUCUUUCCCCCGAGGUGUUGAACAAGCAGGGUCAUGGAUGUGAAUCAGACAUCUGGGCUCUCGGCUGUGUAAUGUACACAAUGCUUUUGGGCAGACCCCCGUUCGAAACCACCAACCUGAAGGAGACGUAUCGGUGCAUCCGGGAAGCUCGUUACUCGCUGCCCUCCUCGCUCUCACCGCAGGCCAAGCAGUUAAUCGCCGGCCUGCUCUCCAAGAUCCCAAAUGAAAGACCCAACCUGGACCACAUCUUGAGACACGACUUCUUCACGCAGGGCUUAAGUCCAGAGCGUUUGUCAGCGAGCUGUUGCCACUCAGCGCCCGAUUUCCACGUCUCGAGUCCCGCUAAGAGCUUCUUCAAGAAAGCAGCAGCGGCACUUUUCGGAGGAAGGCGGGAUAAAGUCAAAUACUACGAGACUCUGAAUAAGUUGACCAAAGAGGAGGAGGAGAUCUACAAACUGCAGCACGACCUGGAGAAAACUGUCAUCAGCCAGCAGCAGAGCAAAAAGAUGGCAGAGAAUGGAAGUCUACUUCCGCCAUCUGCACAAAGCCCCGUUACCCUGGCAACAGUGAGCCGGUACACUACGACGACGACGCCAGAUACCAUCCGUCUGAUCGUCAGGGGGAGUCUGGGGAGCUGCAGCAGCAGUAGCGAGUGUUUGGAAUACAACACCACAGGGAGCGUUGCCGACACUGUUGCCGGCGUGUUGAGGAGAUGCCUGGAGAGCACGCCAAAAGCCGACGGCAUUCCGCAGAGCGCAAACAUCUCCGGCCUCCAGUGGGUGACCAAGUGGGUGGACUACUCCAACAAGUACGGCUUUGGAUACCAGUUGUCUGAUCACACCGUGGGCGUUCUCUUCAACAAUGGCACUCACAUGAGCCUCCUGCCAGACAGAAAGACCAUCCACUAUUAUGCAGAGCUGGGCCAGUGCUCUGUCUUCCCCACCUGCGAGGUUCCGGAACACUUUGUGGGCCAAGUGACCGUGCUCAAGUACUUCUCGCACUACAUGGAGGAGAACCUCAUGGAUGGCGGGGACCUUGGCACCAUGACGGAUGAUGCACACAUGCCCAGACUCCAUUUGCUGCAGUGGCUCAAGUCGGACCGCGCCCUCAUGAUGCUCUUUAACGACGGCACGUUCCAGGUCAACUUUUAUCACGACCACACCAAGAUCAUUCUGUGCUCCCAGAAGGACGAGCACAUGCUGACCUACAUUAACGAGGAGCGCGUGUCCAAAACCUUCAAGGUCUGCUCCUUGCUGGCGUCCGGCUGCCCUGCGGACCUCAGCGAGCGCGUGCUUUACUCCCUCAACAUGCUGCUGCAGCGCGGCAGCUAAACGACUAUCUUAUCUAAUCUAGCCACAACGGAUCUGUGCAAGUGGAAUUUUUUUUUUUUGGUAUGGGACGACGGAAAAGGAAGAAAAGUCACGUACUGUUGCUUUGCUGCGACUGUUGGCGAGAAGGAGCCACAAGUUGAGGAUGGAAGGAAGACGCCGGAAGAGAGACAACUUAUUGGAUUUUGGUACGAUCCAGAGAGGAUGUUUUUGGAAAGAACAAAGCCGGGCUGGCACCGGCUUGAAAAAAAUGUGCGAGACUGUGUCAAUAUUGUAAAUCAUGUACAGCACAAAUGUGUGUGUGUGUGUGUGUGUGUGUGUGUGUGUGUGUGGCAGGGUUCAACUGUUUUUUGUGUGUUUUUGUUUUUUACAAAUAUAUAAAUAAGUGCGAGUGUGAAAGGUUUGUAAUAUCACACUAGCUUAUAAAAACUGUGAUAUCUUCUCUUUUCAUGACAUGAGAGAUAAGAGGAUUUUAAAAAGAGCCAUCACUGCCCUGGUAGAAAAUGUCCAGUCAUAAGUUAUUGUGUACAAUCAAAAAAAGGUGCAUUAUUUAUUUAUUUAAUAAAGUGCAUUUUUUUGCAAGAAGAAAGGGGAGAA